AUGAUUUUAGGUUUGCCAAUUGAAAUCAAAACACUUGAUAAAGAUUCAGCAAAAGUGUUCACUCAUUUACUGGAGGAAGAAAGUUACCCUCAUUUUGAAUCACGUGUGAUUUUAGCGGGCGAACAGGGGACCGGCAAAACUACUAUUGCCCGAUAUCUGGUUGGCAAGGGACCAACAAAAGUGAGAAAAUCAACCGAUGGAAUUGGUCUAUAUACAGGUUUGUCGUAUAUAGACAGAGACACAGAGGAGUGGUUGAAAGGCAAACAAGAUUUCUCUUUAGCAGAAUUGACCAUCAGUAGGUCGUUAAGACAGAAACCAUCUCAUAUUCCUACUAGCAGUCUUGCAACAGAACAUUCCACUGAUUUGAGCAAACAGGACGAUGAAAGUCUGAAGUUAGCUCAAAGUGUCCGAUCUAACGAACAACAAGUAGUCUUGAUGGAGAGAAAUAAAAUGCAAAGUGUUCCAGUCGAAACAGAAAAGGAUAAUAGCAGAUCAAGAGAACGAGGGGUUUGGAAUAAUCCAACGCAACGUAUAGAAGAAGACAUAUCAACCACAAAUGUGCUCCUAGAUCUACAAAAACAAGGUAAUCGAAAUGACGAAAGAUCAGUAUCACACGUUCAUCUUAGUCCAGUUAAAAUGGGAGAUCAUCCUUCUGCCCACAUACCAGUACCAAAUGUACGUCUUGAUUUACAAAAGCAACAGGACCACCCUUUAGACCAGGAAACAGUACUGAAUGUCCCUCUUGACUUAGAUAAAACAGGAUGUGAUUCCAAAAACCAAAGGAUUGUGUCAUAUGUCCCUUUUGAUCUACACAAACAACAAGGUGAUCAGAAAAUGUCUGUUAAAAAUGAGCCUCUUGUUCUAAUAAAACAACGAUAUUCUCCCAAGGACAAAAUAUCUGGGCCAAAAGUACUUCUAGACAUAGAUAAACAACAAGUGCAUCCUUUAGACGAAAGACCAGUACAACAUGAUCAAUUUCAAUCAGAUACAACUUCGGGGAAAUUUCAAAAUGAACCGUUCUUUUUACAAGAACAAACUAGGGCAAUGCCAAUUAUCGAUUUUCCAAAGAAUAAUCGAAACCAGGUUUUGCAAGACGACAUUCCACAACCAAAAGAUACCUAUAAAACAACGGCAAUGGCAAAUAUUCCAGUUUUUUCAAGUGAUCAACCUAAUUAUUCCCAUGAAGACACCCAACAUGCCCAAUGCAAACGAUUUGAAGACCCCAUCAAUGAUAUACCAAAGCAUGUUCAGCAAAUUGAUGUUAAUGCUGCAACAGAAAAUGCAUCACAAGAACAUAGGCCAAAUCAAGGAUCGCCUAUAGUUCUAAGUGGUACAACGCAUACCCGUUUUCAAGAAGAUUUGUCUAUGCAUGCUUCUAAAGAACAAAUUAAAACUUUGACUGAGUUAUCUGAAGUAGAGCAAGCAGCAUCUGGUUUGACAGACUCUGUAGAAACUAUUUCCAAUCCUGGAUUAAUAACAAAAAUUAAAAGAUUCUUCGGAGUUUCUAAAGAAGUGAAAGAGAUAAAAGUUUCCAUUACAGAAAAACACAUUUUAGAGCAAUCUUUAAGAGUAGGAAAGAAAAAGUUAAAUCAAAGACAUAUAGCUCCUGUGAUAAUAUGGGACUUUGGAGGUCAGGAUAUCUUCUACUCCACGCACCAAAGUUUCCUGUCCUAUCGAGCUAUCUAUUUGAUUGUACUGGAUGGUAGUAGGACCCUUGAUGACCCAUGUCAAUUUGAUCAAUAUCUGCCAGGUAAAAGUGGACCGAAAACUGCAAGAGAUUACCUGCGAUUCUGGGUAAAUACAAUUGUUACCUACUGCAAAGGAAGCCAGCAUGGAUUUCCCAAGAUUAUGAUUGUCUUUACACAUAAAGACAAGCUGAAACCUAGUGAAGUUGAGGCAACGAGAGAAAAACUUUUUGGAGAAGUAAAGAGCAUGUUUCAUGGCUCUCCACUGAUGUCACAUUUGGUUAUUGGAGACACAAUUUUUGUAAAUGCUAGAAACAAAAAUGAUCCAGAAAUGGCAAAGAUCAGAAAAAGUAUUAUUCGAGAGUCCAAACUCCAACCAACAUGGGGACAGAACUUUCCAAAAUGCUUUAUCCCCCUUGAAUUAGAAUUCGAGAACCUCAUCCGAGAGAAUAUGAAUGUUAUUACAUUUGACGAUUUUAGAAAGAUUAACACUCAGCAUCCUAUAAGACCAUUGACAGAUGGUGAACUCAAAGUGUUCCUGAAAUUCCAGCAUGCUAUUGGCAAAAUUCUUUACUUUGAUGAACCGGGAUUGGAUACACAUAUAACACUACUGCCAACAUAUCUCAUUGAUGCUUUCAAAUCAAUAAUCACUGAUAAAAGAUUCUGCCAAGGAGAAAAACAGAAAGAGCAUUUAUGGAAUCUGAUGAGCCAGAAAGGGGUCAUCUUCAAGUCCGCAAUAGAGAAACUUUGGAGAACUGGUAAAUAUCAGAGAUUUGACCAACACAAAGACUACUUACUAGCAGUGAUGACACACCUUGACAUUUUAGUAGAACCAAAGAGAUAUGACCUCAAGCGCAAUCGAAUACCGACCGACUUUUACUUCGUGGCUAGCAUGGUACAGGCUAAGGAUACCACUGGAUACCUUCUAUCAUCACUCACCGACAGAAACGUUGCCAUAGCAUUCUGUUCCAAUUCUGCUAUCAUACCACCAGCUCUGUCAUUCAGGUUCAUCACUUACUGCCUCAGUAUUUUUGAUGUGAAGAAAUGCGGCAACAGAAUGGACGACAUGCUGUUUCAUAGAUCUGCAGUAUUUACAAUUGAUACAUCAUUAGAAAUGCAUAUUCUCUGUGAAGAUGAACGAAUUUUUGUCCGCCUUGUUCAUGCUAAGAAUAAAGUCUUUAUAUUGAAAGAUCUUGCUUCAAGUAUCUGCGAUUGUCUGAAAUCAGCCCUGGAGAACAUAAGUCAGCUUUAUAUUAAAACCAGCAGUGAUAACUUUGAACUAAGCGUAGGUACCUUUGAAAUGAACUUAUGUUGUAGUGUUGCAAAAGAUCCAUGCCUGCUAUCUAUUGGAGAGUUCAACAAAAUCGAUAGUACCUGGGUUUGUCCCGGACACAAAUUAGACCAUGAAAAAUUUGUGAUGUCCUCUUGGAUAACAGAAAAGGAAAUAAUGAAGAAGUGUGAACUUACCUGUCCAGUUACGAAUGAAGAUUUUCUUAGUGAAGAUUUGUCAGCACUUCACCUUCGUCGACUUUCAAUCCUUUACACUGUAGAUGAGAUUCGCCAACUGGUUGGAUAUCUCUACCUGUCAUACACAGAAUGGGACGACCUCUUUACAUCCGAAACUGAACCACAACUACUAAAAUUCAAGGCAUUAUGCCUUUGUCACGAGCAAUCAACACUGACUUUCAGAAAAAUUAAAAAAGCUGUAGAGGAAGGAAAGAUACAAAAUCCACACACCUUAUGCAAGGUUAUGAGAGGCGCAUUUGUGGACUUUGAUACUGAUCCAGAGAAAUGGGAUCUGGUUCCUUCUGAUGAAGACAUUGAUAAAAUGGCACCUUUGAUUGGGAAAAAAUCCUUAUUUUUUCUGGUUGAACUUGGAAUGGACCUCGAGACAUGGGAUACCAUCAAUCACAGGCAAACGAAACGUGAUUUGGUGAAACUAAACAAGGAUAUUCUAGAUGAAUGGAUGCUUAUUUGUAAAGUAAAAAAUGUUAGACCCGCUAUGCGGAUGAUUGCUCAAGCGUACAAAAGUAUUGGAAAAGAUAUUCGAGUUCUUGAAAAUACUCUGUUCAACUGAACAGAGACCCUCUUUUUGCUCUUCUGUGUACCUGCUGUGUUUUAUGCAUAUAUGUUUAACAGUUAUAAUCAGUUAACAAAGACGUGCAUUUGUUUUUCUGUAAGAAAUCUGUAAUUAUGAAAUAUAAUAAAUACAUUACUAAAUGGAGUAAAUGCAAAACAGUUUGCAAAAGAUUGACUAUAAAAGUCUAGCUCACAUUUACUCUCGUAAUUUCAACAAAAAGCUGCUUAUUGAUAUAAGAAAGCUUAACAAGUUCUUUUAACAUAUUUUGUGGUUUUCUUCAGCUGAUUUUUGGCAUAUCAUACACAUGAAAUAGUAUACAUCUUAAAUACACAAAACUUUCCCCCGCAAUAAACCUCAUCUUAAUUGUACGUUUAACUCUAAAGUUUGAAAAUUAAAAACAAAAUAGUUAAAAAUAUUUAAUCCAAAAGGCCUCAAAAUAACAGUCAAAAUGGAUAUGCAACACGUAAACGUUAAAAACAUGGAAUAAUACUCAAUCUUAUUAGCCAUUCGUUUUGCUUUGAACUCUAUUCAUUUAUGAAUCUAUUAUGAUCUGCUGUCUACCAGUGAAAUGUAGUGCAACAACUUGUUGACACUAUAUCUUUUGUUUUCAUUGGUGUCGCUUCAAAAAUGAAUUAUUAAAUUAUGUACAACCUGUAAAACAAAGGUAUUGGCUGUAACAUGUACUUGUCGGAUAGCAAACAUUUAGUGCGAUACAGAUAUAAAACUUCUUUGCAUGACUAAAUGAAAACGACUAUUUAUGUAAUGAAUAGAAGGGCUACAUGAGUAGACAAAAUAUACAUUAAUAGUUGUCUUAUUGGCAAUCAUAUCACAUCUUUUUUUUUAUAUGAGUGUAUACUUUUGAAAUCCUUGGGACAUCAGAGAAAACUGAAUAACAUCAAAACUUUAUAAGUAUUGGAAAUAUGAUGUAGUUUAUGUUUUGUGUUUGAUGAUUUUUUUUUACGUCAUGUACAUAUAAUGUUUAUGUUUAUACCUACAAAUGUACAUUGAUCUGUUAUAUACGUUUUUGUGUAUUGCAUAGUUUUUAUUUCAGAUAUAUAUUUAUAUUUAAACUAUAUAUAACAAUUGUAUUCAUGGUCGGGCACCCCCUCGUUUUACGUAUCCGAAAUUCAAGAGCAAUUUUCAUAAAAGGAUUCAAGAUAAAAUGAACUAGACGGUGAAAUCAACUCGCGUCGCUUUCGCUAGUGAUACAUUAAUAGAAUAUAAAUGCUCAACCCAUGGUUAAAGAAAACAAAUACACUGCUGUCAUAAGGUAUUUCUUUAUUGGUUCAUGACAAUAGAGUCAUAAAUAUAUGAUGUAUUUUGAUUUUGAAUUGUGAUUUUUUAGAUACAAGAACCAAUCUUUCGAAUAAGCAUUUGUAAUUUAACAAAAAAAAGUAUGUCCUGUUUUAUUUUUGUGAGUUAUAAGAUAAAAAAAAAGAUUUUUUCAAAAGACCUAUCGUGAACGUAUUCUCUUUGUCAAUGGAA